AUGUCUGGCCAUCAUAAUCAUCAUCAUCGUCGUCGCCGUCGAUGUUUCUCAUUGAAAAGAACGAGUGAAUAUGCUCAACAUUGGUUUCAUGAACGUACAUCAUCCUUAUCACGUCGACAUCAAUCUCUCAAACGCAACACUUUAUCGUCUAUCGAUAUAAGUCAGAAGAAUAUUGGCCAAAGAAUGGCCAAAAAAAAUUAUGAUCUCCUAUUUAAAUUAUUAUUAAUUGGCGAUAGUGGUGUUGGUAAAACAUGUGUUUUAUUCCGAUUUUCUGAUGAUGCAUUUAAUGCGUCAUUUAUUUCCACAAUUGGAAUUGAUUUCAAAAUAAAAACUAUUGAACUCGAUGGACGAAAAAUCAAACUACAGAUAUGGGAUACUGCUGGUCAAGAACGAUUUCAUACAAUCACUACAUCUUAUUAUCGUGGAGCAACAGGAAUAAUGCUUGUUUAUGAUGUAACACAAGUCCGAUCAUUUGAAAAUAUAGAUAAAUGGCUACGUAAUAUCGAUGAUCAUGCAUCUGAUGAUGUUGUUAAAAUGCUCAUAGGAAAUAAAUGUGACAUGGACGAUAAACGUUGUAUUACUCGAUCACGUGGUGAAGCAUUAGCACGUGAACAUUCAAUACCAUUUCUUGAAACAUCAGCAAAGAAUAAUGUUAAUAUCGAAAAAGCUUUUUUUGAAAUGGCACGACUUAUAUUAAAAAAGACUCCAACAAAUUCAUCGGAAACAACACCGGGUGGUUCUAUUGGUGUAUUGCAGGGAAAUAAACAAACGAAUCAAUCAAAUUGUAUGAAUUGUAUGUGA